CUCACUUAAAAGGAAAGCCACUUCUCUAAAUCUGCCACAGUUCCUACCCUAAUUGGAUUUCUUUAUUUCCCAAUUAAAUUAAACAAACAGAUUUUCAUUUGAGUUGGUGGCAAUUAAAAUUUUAUUAUUGUUUGAGAUUAAAAAUUUCAAUUAAACUUCAAUUAAAAUAACAAAGAACAAUUUGCAGGUGAAUUGCAAUCUUACCACCUUCUCCUCUGAUCUUUCUCUUUCCUUAACAUUAUUGUCGUAUUGCUCAGUCUUCCAUUUUAUUGCUUGGUACAUCGCUCUCUGUAAUCGUCGCAUCACUCUAUGGAAUCACUCUAUGGAAGAGUAAUGAAGUAGAAGUAAAGCAACAAACCACGCCGAGACACCGCAACGGCCAGUAAACAUAGUCAGAGUAACAGAGAGGAAGAUGAAAGGAUAAAUAGUGUUUCGAAAAAAAUACGGCUACGCAAGGUGCUUAUAUUGCAACUAUGGGUGUAACUCAUAACAGAAGUCUGAGAAAUCGGCGAGUCAUCCGGCAUAGAAACAGAGAUGAAGAUGAAACAAUUUGGUAGAGAAGAGAGAAAAGAAAUGUUAUUCUGUUUUUAAAAUUAAAACCAAUUUGAUUUAGAGCUUUAAAUCUCCGCCAUUGAAAUUUAUUUUGCCAUGUGUCAACCAUCGGUUAAAUAACAGGACAGAAACUGGAGCUUAAGAACUGGAGCAGAUCCGUACUCAGUAAGGUGACGGUAUUGAAAAAUGGUCGCGAGCUUAUCUCGGUGGAAGACGAUGGGGUCACAUGACAACCAACCUUGUGGAGUCAUUGAACUCGGUGAUGAAGGAAACAAGGAAUUUACCUAUUACAACACUGGUAAGGUCAACAUACUUCAGGAUGGACACAUUGUUUGGGAGGCAAGGUCAUAAUUGGACAAAAAUGUUGUCAUCAAAGAAGGAUUUCACGGAUAAUUGCAUGAAAGAGAUGCAAAAAGAAGUAGAAAAAUCUCAUAGUUAUAAUGUCCUGAGUUUUGAUCGUGAGAGAAACUAUUUCGUCGUCCAAGAGACAGUUAAUAAUAACGAGUGGCGGCCACUUACUUAUUAUAACGUCGACCUCCAAAAACAAACAUGUGACUGUUGGAAAUUUCAAACUUUUCAUGCCCUGCUCGCAUGCCAUUGUAGCUUGUUCUAAUGUCCUACUCAAUUAUCAGAUGUUUAUCCCUCCUGUAUUUAGAGUUCGAAACAUCUUCAAGGUAUACAAACAAAGCUUCAUCGGUAUUCCCAAAGAACAUCAAUGGACUCCUUAUCAAGGUGAUAUUCUUUUACACAAUGAAAGAAUGCGACAAAACAAAAAAGGCCUUGUCCCCAUUCCAAUUGGCGACAUCCAGGCUUGUGGCAGACAGGACUCACCAUGUCUCCACCCUGAUUGGCGACAUGGUUAUUCAGCAGGUGGGGCCCACCAUUUUCUCCAUCUUGAAUGGCGACAACCCUUCAAGCCGUGGCAGUCUGGGAAAUAAUUUUCAGAGAAUACUUUUCAAAGGUGUGGCAAGUGGGGAAAAAAAUUCUAUUUUUGUGCGAUUCUGUGUUAUACAAAUUAUGCGUCUUGAAACUGUAUUUCCGAAAACUAAGAAACAUUUUCGAAUUUCUAUAUGGCGGAGGAAGAAAUUCCAUUUCUCGCCAAAGAGAGCGCUAACACGGUAAUGGAAGUGGAGGGAUCCGAUCCCAAAAACUAAAGCUUUCCCGCCAAAUUAUCUGCAAUCUAUUCUACUCUACUCCAUUGGAGACGAAGAUUUGCGUAAUGCGUUUUAUGGAUUUGGAAUAUAAGAGUGAGUGAGUGUGUAUCCGCAAUCUGUAAUCUGCCAAGUGAAAUGGGAAUCCAUGGUCUAUUGCCGCUACUCAAAUCCUCAAUCCUUCCGAUUCACAUCAAAGACCUACCGCUGCUCUGUCGCCAUCCUCACAUAUUCUGGCUUCCACAAAGGCGCCCUUUCUUGCAACACUCACCUCUAAACCAUAUUCAAUAGGUUUGGGUUGAAUUUCUUUGAUGAGAAUAUGUAACGAUUCACUCUCUCAUGCAAACCACAAAGGCGCUCUACAAAUUUGUUUUUGAGUUUUUGUGUUCAAUCAAUUUUGCAUGCUUAUUUUCAAUACGUUUGGGUUGAAUUUAUAGGGCUAACUAGAAAUUGUGUUAUCAUUACAGACACAUUGAGUAUAGCAUGCAUAGAGAGAGUUUGCUGCGCCAUUAUGGUGUUAAGCCCAUUCUUGUACUUGCUGGAGGUUUUCUACCAAUGAAGUUCGGUACAGGUGUCGCGACACUGAUCGCGGUCGUCGCGGUGUGAAAUAAGACCAAUUUGUUCUUUAACAUAAAAAAUAGUGAUAAAGGCAUGUAUUGAUACCGUUUUGUCGCGGACCUUUUUAAAAACCUUGCUUGUGUCAAUUAUCUAGUUUUUAAACCAUAUGAUCUCAUAAUCCAGGUUGUUGUUGUCGUUGUUGUUGUUGCGCUUUUGCUUAUGAAACACGGAUUUUUUUUGCAAUAAGUGCAGGGCUAGAAAGGAUACUUUUGAACGAGUAGUUGAACAUGAUUCAAAUGAGAAUUCUACAGCUGCCUUAGUACUACCAGAAAGCUGUUGAUAUCACGCCUGUGAUUGCAGUUUAUCAGAGCUAGUCUGGAUGUUGUGAAGGAGAUAGUAAGACUGUUACCUACACACUCACAUGUAUUUGUGUUUCAUUUGGAUAUAUUAAACAAAUGUAAUUAAGUUUUCUCCUAAAUGUUGAAACCUUGUAUUUUUUAUAUAUAAGACUAAGAAAAUGAAAUACAUGCACGUACCUACUAAAUUAUUGACGCGGAGGUUGAUUGUUAGAUGUUUAGAGUAUUAGCCAAAACCAACCAACUUAUAUCAUAUUUUAAGGUUUGUUGAAAAAUUCUCAUUAGCAAUUAUUGUAUAAGGAAGACGUGUAACAAACCAAGUAUAUAUUAUUUUAUGUGGAAUGAAUAAUACUAAUAGUUUUGUAAUGUGGUUGUUACUAGUAACCCUCCUUCCUUGACUUUCCUUCUUACAGUCUGCAGUAUAUUAAUCUGUCUUCCUUCACACCAGCUCUUUACUAUUUAUUUUUUGCAUUUUCAAUUCGUGUAUCAUAGAUUGAAUAUGUUACUUACAACUAGUUUCUUUCUCUUGCAAGAUUGUUAAUUUUCAAAUUUGAUGCAAGGAGUUGAAGCUUCCAAUUCUUCCAUGGAUCAUAAUCACAAUCAGAGCUGUAGAUAUGACGUGUUUAUCAGUUUCAGAGAUCCUGACACACGAAACAAAUUUGUCGACCAUCUUUAUGGUCAUCUAACUAGAAAAGGUAUUUUUGCCUUCAAGGUUGAUAAAAGGCUUAAGAAAGGAGAAUCCCUUUCCCCGCAACUUCUACAAGCAAUUAAAAAUUCACGGAUUUCUAUUGUUGUCUUCUCUGAAAGAUAUGCGGAGUCUACAUGGUGUUUAGAAGAGAUGGCUACGAUUGCUGAAUGCCGUAAAGAAUUCAAUCAAAAAGUAUUUCCUAUUUUUUAUGAUGUCGAUCCAUCUCAUGUACGACAUCGGAGUGGGCUGUACCAAAACGCCUUUGAUUUAUACCGGAUGAGAUUCAAACAUGAUCAGAAUAAGGUUGGGAGGUGGAGUAAUGCUAUGAAAGUUUUAGCUAACUUAGUCGGAUGGAAUAUCAGGAACAAAGACAAACCCGAACCUACGAGAUUCAGAGGCAUACUUGGAAUAGGAAUCUGCCUGUUUCGGACUGUGAAAAGCUUCAACUUUUGCAACUAACAAAGCCAAUUAAAAGCAUGAGUUUCCUGCAUAAUUGAAUCUUAUUAAGGAUGGUUACAGUACAAUGAAAAGCAAUUUA